AGCCGUCGCGUGCAGAUCACGAAUCAUCGUCUACGGGAAACCCGAAGAUAUUGGGGAAAAGAGGAACAGAGGUACCUGGAGAAUCUAGAAGGGGCGGACAGGUGUGCGUCGGUUGGUCGAAUUUGCGGGAGCGUUAAACCGAGAAGAGGUAGCGGAACCCCAACAAGUGUGGAGUGGAGUGGAGUGGAGUGGGGUGAAAAGAAAUGGAGAGAAGUGGAGACGGGGAGAGCAACAAGAGCAAGAAGUGCGUGCGAAUAUCGAAUUGACAUCGAAGCUCCGUUAAAGCACGCGCACAAUGGUUUGUUAUUGUGGCCGCCGCUGAAAACGAGAAUGAAACAAUAAAGCCGCUGAAAAACUAACUGUAAAAUAUACGAAUAGGUAUACUCCAGCAAUCAGCAGAAGUGGCACACGAGAGGCCGCGAUAAUAAAAACAGAAAUCGAAAACAAAAUCCCAUCCGAUAAGUGAGAUCCGAAGAUGGUUAGUCACCCGCACGAGUGGAUGCUGUGGCUAGUGGCCCUCAGUGGCUGUCACCUGAUCAGCGCCCAGCAGCUGCUGGGGCCGCCGCCCCGUCCCCGGGGACGUAUACGCAUUUCGGAUAUGCAAGCACAGAUUCCUGGUCCAGACCCAAUUCUACGAAGUUGGCCCAACGUGGGCGCAGUGCCGGUCAGCUCGACGGUGCACACCCACAUUCCGCUGCUGCGAGAGGAGAGCGCCAGGCCAGCCACGCCCAGGCAGGAGUCGUCGGUGGUGUACGGCAACUGGAAGCCGGAGCAUCCAGAGAACCCCUACGAGGCGGACACGGAGCAACAGCCCAAGGAGCGGGUCUACGGGCGGUUGGAGGCCAUGCUGAUGGGGAUGCCAGCUGAAGGCAUUGAUGCGCAGCCAUCCAGAUCCAGCGAGGAACAGCAGGCUCCCAUCGCUCCUGGAGGCUAUCAGAGUCCAGGCUUUGAGCGUCCCGCCAGCUUUGAGCGAUCGCCGGAGAAGCACGGACGUCGGCGCAUAAGCUCCCAGCAGACGCCACACCAGUUCGAAGUGGUACAGUUGAAUGCCACCGAUCCUCUACUUAGGGCCAUGGCCAAGCAAAUCAAUGAAUCUGUGGAGACGACAACGGCGGCACGUAGACCUGCCCAAUCCACAACGGACGACAGCUGGAUGCCUUUGCCGUAUCCCUAUCCCUAUGACACUACAGUGCCGGCUCCAUCUUCAACUAGCUCCUCGAGUUCAAGCCUGCCGCAGUCAUCCAUGGUGCACCCUCCGGCGCCCACUCAAGCCACGAGGUCAACAACGGUCUCGCUCAACUGGCCCACGGAUUUUAUCGACAGCUCCUCCAACACCGCGAGCACCGAACCCGAACGCGUGGAUAGGAAUCUCAGCAUGAACAUUGACAGGCGCGACGAUAGCGUUGGGGAUUCUGUGGAUGACUACAAGUACUACGAGGACUCGCUCAACUCCGCCCAGAUGCACAGCGAGCUGAGUGUGCCGGAGACGCUGGUGCCGCAACGGCCGCUCAAUAUCACCCGCGUUGGGAUACCCUACGAGGAGCGGAACGCGGCCGAGGAGCCUACCAUAUGCGUGCCCCUAACCGUCACAGAGACAUCUCUGGCCUCGGACAGCGCCACGCCUCUGGUGUUGGAGGUUGAGCGUGUCUACUGCUUUCCCCUGCCCAAAGUGGAGGUCCGUCCGGGCAGCGUCAUACGCCAACAGGUGGAACAGAUAACAAGGUCGAGUCGGGGAGAAGUCCCCGAAAUGGACAUGGAACCAACGGAGCAGCCAAUGCCAACCGAGGUGACAGCCGGGGCCAGCCAGACAACCAGCACACUCGCUGCGACGCUAUUCCUCCUCAUCGGCUACUGUACCUGGCCAAGGAUUUUGAUUUAGAAUUAGAAUUACCACAGAUCACUUAAUAACUCAGGGGCUAAUCGUAAUAUACAAUUAGUUACACAAUAAAAGCAAAGCACACGCAUCCU